AGGAGCCGGGAGGCAGGCUAGGGUCUUGGUCAGGCCGGUGGGGCGGGGCCGGCUUGGGAGAGCCUCCAGGCCGCCGUUUGGGGGCGUGGUCAGUCCGGGGGCGGGGCUGACGGGGUGGGGCCGCUCUGCCGCCAGGGGGCGCCGUGGGCCUCAGGAGGCCUGGCCCACCUGGCGCUCCCCGGCCCGCCCCGCCCCUCACCGAGUACCUGGCGUCCGUGUCGGUCCCCGACCCUUCCGUCCUCCUCAGAGGGCCCCCGUAGCCCCACGCCGGUCUCCGGAUCCCGGGGCCCCUGCUCCGCGGUCCUCGGUCCCCAGCCACCCCACCGGACCCGUGACGGGACCCCCAACGCCGCCGGCCGCGCCCGCUGCGCCCCGGCCAGGAAUCUCCGACUUCCGCCGUGGGGCCGGGCUGGUGUUCACGUCGUCAUGCCCUCGCUCGGGGACCUGGUGCGCGACUGGCACCGGGGCGCGCAGGCCGUGGCGCGUGGGGACUGGGACCACGCCCUGCGCCUCUUCUCGAGCGUCCCGGAGCCGCCCGCCAGGAUGAGCUUCAACGUGGGCUGCGUGCACCUGCUAGCCGGGGACCCGGAAGCCGCGCUGCGGGCAUUUGACCAGGCAGUGACCAAGGAUGCCUGCAUGGCUGUCGGCUUCUUCCAGCGAGGAGUGGCCAACUUCCAGCUGCGGAGGUUCCGGGAGGCCCUGUCCGACUUCCAGCGGACCCUGGCACAGCUGAGGGGCAACGCCGCCAUCGACUACACCCAGCUGGGCCUGCGGUUCAAGCUGCAGGCCUGGGAGGUGCUCUUCAGCAUGGCUGCAGUGCAGAGCCAGCUGGGGCUCUGGGCGGAGGCCACCCACAGCCUAGAGGAAGCCAUCUCCAAGGGGCCGGAAGGGGCCCGCGAUGACCUGGACAUCGCCCUGGGCCAAGUGCAGAAACAGGCCCCCGUGCAGCCUCGGCAGGUCCCCAGGGGUGAGGUCUUCCGGCCGCACAGGCGGCACCUGGAGCACCUGGAGCCCGUGGAUUUCUUGGGCAAGGCCAAGGUGGUGGCCUCCGCCAUCCCUGACGGCCCGCACGAGGACGCCCGGCCUCAGCAGCCACAGGCUCUCUACGCACGUGGUGAAGCCAGGCCUGGGGCUGCCGAACGGGCCCGUGACACAGGCCCCUCCAGACCUGGUACCCGCUGUGGCCCCAGGACGCCCCUCGAUGUGGAGACGGAGGUCAGCUCUGGCCAGGCUGGGCGGGCUGACCAUGGCACACUGGUCACCAGUGAUGAGCAGUGUCUGGGCACCGCCCCCGACGAGCUCCAGGCCCAGGGAAAGCUACCUCCACCCUCAGGGCCCCACCCCGGCCUCAACCCCACCCCGGCCCGGCAGAGCCCCAGCCUGCGGCUUCCCUUGCAGAAGCCUCACGUGGAGCAAGUUGGCCAGUGGGUCCCUCCAGGGCUGCUGGUGGCUGGGGGGCUGGGCCCUGGCUCCUCUGAGGAUCCUGCAGGCGCUGGGGGUGUGGCUGCAGGGGGCCCCGAGCCCUUGGUGACCUUCACAGUGCAGUGCACCUUCACCCUGGCCCUGAGGGCCCCAAGAGGAGCUGACCUGUCCAGCCUGCGGGCCCUGAUGAGCCAGGCCCUCCCUCCCCAGGCCCAGAGUGGGCAGCUCAGGCAUCUCUUUGCAGUUACCGAGACCCUAGUGACAGCAGGGGCUGGGUGCCCCUCACCGGGGAGGAGGCACUGCAGAGGGCCUGGCGGGGCGCGGCUGCCGGCUCUGGGGAGCUGCGGCUACGGUGCCAGGGAGUGGGCGGCCGGCCUGUCCUCUACCAGGUGGUGGCCCGGCACGGCUACUCCGCCCAGGGGCCCGAGGACCUGGCCCUGCAGCCCGGAGACACGGUGGACGUCUUGUGCGAAGUGGACCAGGCGUGGCUGGAGGGCCACUGUGACGGACGCGUCGGGAUUUUCCCCAAGUGCUUCGUGGUCCCGGCCGGCCGGCGCACAUGAGGAGCUUGGCGCUAAGGAGUCCGUGGCAAGGAGGGUUUAAUAAAGGCGAUC